CCGCUUCGGUGAACCCAUCGGCGAGCGGGCACGAUGUCGCGAAGUCAGUCUUGGGUGUUUGAGGAUGGGGGGGAGGACGAGAAUCGGAAGGCGCAAAAGAAGUGUUGCGUGUACAAGUAUAUCCGCGUGGGACAGAGUCUCGGCAAGAGAUUCCACGGCAAUCGCAUGUUGAAGUACGUUUUCUGCGGCCACGAGUUCCAGGGCAACCAGUUCGUGGCGGCGCGCCGUUUCCGCCGGGGCAAGGGAUGUCCGGAAGUGACCGACGAGGCACUUGUCGACAUCCACUACAACAGUGAGUACAAGAUGUCUGACAAGUUCCUAGAGCGGAUCCAGCAAUUUGAGGAGCUUCACGGUGCGGCGCCUGCGACGGAUCCGCGACGGGACGAGGGGGGGGAGGGAGAGAUGAGGGACGCGGAGGAGCAGAUCGACGUGGAUGACGAGGUCGAGGAGGUUGCACGGGCGGGGUCGUCAGGGAGGGAGCGAGGGAAGGGCGUUGUCAGCGAGCCGGGGGGGCAGCAGGGCCAGUACUUUGCGUCGGCGCACGUGUCUGUUUGUACACGGGCAGGUGCGGAUACGGCUGAGGCAGGUCCGUCUGCGGGGAAGAGGAAGGAGAGAGAGGAGGGGGCCAGACCGACGACAGCACAGAAGAGGAUGAGACAGAACACGAUCACAAAGUCAUUCACUUCAAAGUGGCAGAUGGAAAUCAAGAAGAAGUGGUUGCGUUUUGUGGAUUUUCCGGAGCCAGUGAAGGUGUUGUGGCCUUCAGAGAAUGAGAUCGCGGACAUAGAGACCAUUGUCCACACGGCGGACGAUGUGGGAGCUGAUCUCGCGGAGGUCAGGGCUCCUUUCUAUGUCACGGGGGCCACCAUUAUGUCAGACGGAAGGAAGUCAUGCGAUGCUAGACCCAUCGUUAACUUCCUUGCCGCCGGGUCACGUGGGGUGAUGCUCGUCCGGACGAUGAACAGGGAGGGUGAGCGGGAUCGGGCGCCUCAUGUGUUGGCUCGCUGGAUCAAGGUGUUCGAUGAAUUCUCCCCUAAGUGGGUGAACGUCAUCUGCACCGACUCCGCCUCGGCGUACGUCGCCUCGGCGAACAUGCUCCAGGGGCCCCAGCAGAGGCCAGAGCAUCGACGGAUCGCGUGGCUCCCAUGUGAAGUGCAUGUCUGCAACAAGAUGUUGUCAGACAUUGGCUGUUCGGGCCCGUGGUCCAAGGACAUCAUCAUGAGGGGGAGAGCGGUGGUGCGCUUCAUUAAGGAGCACGGCGCCGCUCUCCAUAUCUUCCGGGGGGAGAGCGGUCAGAUGGGCCUCAUCUAUGCUUGCGAGACAUGUUUCGCAUCCGUGUUCGCUUUGGUGGAGCAUUUGCUGGCAGUGAGGUCAGCUUUGGAGAGGACAGUGAAUGACAAUACUUGGGGUAUGGUCCCUUGGGACCAUUCCGUUCGUCAUUUGGCUAGGUGGGUCAGGUGGCAGACGAAGACGCGUAACCGGCUUGGGUUCGAGAAGGUCGCGAAGUUGGUUGAGAUCUCAGCCAACGUUCGCCUUCUCUCUCAUCAGCGGGCUCGCCGGGGGUUCGCGUUGCUGUGGACUCUAGAUGAGUCGUUGUUGGACGUGGAGCGAGGUAUCCGGAUUCGCCCCUCGUGGAAGGGGACGGACGAGAGCAGGACGCGGGAGGAGGUCGAGGAUCAGAGACGUUCAUGGCAGCGAGACCCAUGUGGGUCCAGAGCUCCUCCGGGUGAUGUGGGUGAUGUUUUUGGGACUCGAGCCGCCACAUUGCACCCGUACCCUCGAGACGACAGUGAUUCCGAGGGUCACGAGGACAAGGACGAGCUGGCGGGCCCCGCUACCGCCACUCCUAUGGCGGAUGAGCGUGAUGAGUGGAGCGACCCAGAGGACGUCCGUAGACGGAGUGGCGGAGAUGAUCUUUUCGUUCGAGUUGAUUUGGAGGACGAGUCUGGGGGUCGUCAUGGGAGCCCUUUAGAGCGUCCGAGGCCUACGUCCGCUGAGCGCGAGAGAGAUCCUGGGUCUGCACCUUCGAGGGGGGCAGAGUCGGGGAUUGGCCAUCGUCCUCUGGGUCGCUUUGGCACGGCAUCAUCCACCACUCUUCCCUCUUCGACGGAGCAGCUUCAUCGACAGCCAGCCGGUGCAGAUCAAUUGCAGAGAUUGGUGAGGGGCCAGAGACAGCGAUUGGAGGACAGAUUAGAGGGCGGUCUUGUGCCGGUGCAGGGUGACGACGGAGACACACAGGGGUUGGUUGGUGGAGAUGGUGGUGCGUUGGCCGGAGGUGGAGGCGGUGUCGAGGUUGAUGCGGCGGUUGAGGGGAUACCGAUGGGCGACGGAGGCGGUUUCAGUGAGUUUGGUGACAUGGGUAUGCCCCCGGGAGAGAGCGUGGGUCUGGCCCGAGGAGAGAGCGAGUCCCGUGGGGACAUCAGUGUGGGUAUGCAGGACUUACUGGGACAGAUCAGCUUCGCGGAUCCGAGUAGUUUCUCCCCUGCCAUGCGCGCAGAGGUGAUGUUGGGGGCAGAGGGGGAUGAGGACCGGACACCCCGUGGAGAGACAUCUGCAGAGAGGCUGGAUAGGCUUGAUAGUCGUCGAGCUUGCCUCAUGGCACAGAGGGACCCCAGGACGCAGGAGCUCGCCCGUCUUGCAGCGGAGGACCGACGGAGGCAGCUGGGGACAUUUAUGUCGGCGUCCGUUGACGUGGGGCCAGCUGCCCACACGGAUCCUCUGGCAGAGGAGCCACCUUCGGAGCCGGCGCAGCCUCCUGCCGUCCAGCUGAGGCCCGAGGAGACAUUACAGGAGAUGCCACAGACUUUGAUGGUUCGCACUGCUGUGGGGCCAGUGGUGCCACAUCAGGCACCGUUUUUGGAGGGUUAUAGGCGUCCUGCACAUGGUGGUGGCCCUGUCGAGGAGCGAAGUGUAGGUAGGGGCGCGUGCAUACCCCCGGUCCCUACUUUUGCGCCGUCACGGAGGAGGCCGGAGAUCAUGCAUGUGGCUACACCUCGGGGCAGCCUCCCUUUUGGUUUUAUGACCGCUGAGGAGUUGGAGGACCACGACAGGAGGGAUUUGACGGAGAUCGACCAGCGCGUUUUGAGCUUACCUUCUGGGUGUUCCAUCGCAGCGCCAUCUGGCGGGGCUGCAGGGGACUUACCUUUUGGAGGUUCCGUCGCAGCGGCAUCUGGCGGGGCCGCAGGGGACUUACCUUCAGGAGGUUCGGUCGCAGCGCCAUCUGGAUGCGCCGCAGGCCCCUCGUCACCCUUGACCGCAGCUCCGAGGGAGGGCGAAUGUCUCACCCCGAGGUCGGUUGUCCGUAGACGGAGAGACACUACCCAGCGUGCGCGGGAGUUGCUGGACACCAUGUUGUUCGGUGGCACUGAUCGACCAUGGAGUGAGACGAGACGGGUGACGACGACGAGUGUCGGUCGUCAGCCAGGUUUGAGAGGGGUUUCCACGAGCGCGAGACGCCGAGAUGUUGUAACUUCAGGGUUUGGCGGUAGAGGGGGUGGCGGCGGUGGCUGUGGUGGCGACGGCGACGACCGACGUGAGGGCGCAGGCGGUGCCACGACGAGCGCAGUGGAUCCGCCGCGGACGUACAGCUGGAAGACAAUAGGGGUGGUGGCAUUCUGUCUGAACAAGAGGACAAGUGGAAGAGGAGGUGCACAACGGAAAGGAACAAAGGAGAGAAAACGACAUGAUGAAGACUCUGCAGACGAGAGAGAGAGAGGAGGAGGAGGAGGAGGAGGAGGAGGUGUUUUCAGCUAUGGUGGACAGUUGUCGUCGACAUUAGGGCUGGAAGGAGAGAAGCAGAAGAGAGAGGAGGGGGGGGGGGAGUUGAUCACCGUAGAUUUUUCGCAGAAUCCACGGUGACUGGCAGUCACACACCGUAUACGCUAAUCCAAAAGGGAUGUCUCUCAAAAUAAAUAAAUAAAUAAAUAAAUAAAUAAAUAAAUAAAAAUCCAAAUA